CCUGCUCUGCGACGGCAAGAUGGCGGCGCAAGUGCAGGAGGCGGCGGCUGGUGCUCCGCUGGCGGGACCCGCGGCGGAGGCCGACCCCCUGGGCCGCUUCACGUGUCCCGUGUGCUUGGAGGUGUACGAGAAGCCGGUGCAAGUGCCCUGCGGACACGUCUUUUGCUCUGCAUGCCUGCAGGAAUGUCUGAAGCCGAAGAAGCCUGUCUGUGGGGUGUGUCGCAGCCCUCUGGCGCCUGGCGUCCCAGCCGUGGAGCUCGAGCGGCAGAUUGAGAGCACAGAGACUUCUUGCCAUGGCUGCCGUAAAAAUUUCUUCCUAUCCAAGAUCCGGGCCCACGUGGCUACUUGUUCCAAAUACCAGAAUUACAUCAUGGAAGGUGUGAAGGCCACCACCAAGGAUGCAUCCCUUCAGCCAAGGAAUGUCCCAAACCGUUAUACCUUUCCUUGCCCUUACUGUCCUGAAAAGAACUUUGAUCAAGAAGGACUUGUGGAACACUGCAAGUUGUCCCAUAGCACGGAUACCAAAUCUGUGGUCUGUCCAAUAUGUGCCUCGAUGCCCUGGGGAGACCCCAACUAUCGGAGCGCCAACUUCAUAGAGCACAUCCAGCGCCGGCACCAGUUUUCUUACGACACUUUUGUGGAUUACGAUGUGGACGAAGAGGACAUGAUGAACCAGGUGUUGCAGCGCUCCAUCAUAGAUCAGUGAGCAGCCUCUGCCGUCCGCUCGUGCUCCAGGGCUUCCGUUACAUGUUGGCGUGAAGCGUGUGACUCUCACACCUUCAGUGUACAGCAGACCUGGAAGUGAGUGUGGUAUUAGAUAGGGUCACUUCCAAGAGGGAGCAGGUCCCCAGAUCAGAGCCCUCCUCUCCUUUGGGCUCUUCUCCUCCUGUUAACCCUGUUUGUCAUGUCUGGUCGUUUAUGGCUCCUCCUCUGAUAGAGAACCCAGCUUCUCCACCUGUCCUUGUUUCACACUUGUUCCUCCCGCCCGGUGUUCAUCUCUCAGGUCCUCUCAGCCAGCCAGGACCUUUUUGGGUCGUGAAUAGCACAAAUGAGACAAGCGUCUCCUCUCCUUGUCCCUGAGGGGUGUGGGCUCUGGCAGUGGUGCCUCUGGCCAGCAGUGGGGCUCCGUCUGUGCUGGUGAAGUUCCUGGGAGCUGCUCCUUGGCAGCAGCUGCCAAAAGCCAGAGUUCCCUGCUGGGGACCAUUUGAAAAGGCAGAUUGGGGUGAUUGUUUUGGGUUUAGCAUGGUCCGAUGCUGGAAGUUUUGAUUAGUGAUAUUUUCCUACCACUCCUGCACACCCUUAGAAUUAACUGGUUCAGUCUUAAAUGCCUGCAUGGUGCCUUUCUAGGAUAAGGUGUAACCAUAUAUUUUUAGUGAAAAUAAAUGUUUCUAGGUUAGAAAGGUUAAACUCCAUUUAUCCAUAAGUGAGGGAGAAGGGUCGGCUUUGAGAGGUGGGAGGGCCAUAGCUUUCUGGUUCAAAUUUUCUGACUAAUGAGGUAUUUUUCAAGUGACUGGGUCAUUUUUACCUCUCUGUUUGGGAGCUGCUUACAUUCUUGUCCUUGAAGCACGAAAAGGAGUCCUCAGAUGAAGAAGGAAGAGGUUCGGGGGUUCCAGUGGAUCCUAGUUCUUUUAUUUGGUAACUUAGCUUAAAUGAACGUUGCUUUUCUAUCAUGAGUGGUUUCCUUAUGAAACUGGUUUCAGCUUGUCAAUCAGUGUAUGAAAACCUGCCUUCUAAAGCAGAGAGAGGCUGCAGGAUACCCAGCGUCACAGCUUGCUGUCUCUUCUGACGAGACAUACUGUUCAGAAGCCACCUCACGUCUCCUGGCAGCACUUGUUAAUAGAAGCGCUGUCUGCCGGAAACUUGCUUUGGUAACAGCUCGCGAAGCUUGAGGGUCAGCAUGUUUCAUGAAUUUUAAUAAAUACAAAGCUAAGUGCUGUCAGUCUAAUCUGAGGGGCAGAACCUCUCAGCCACCAAAAGGCGUCUGGGUUUAAGUUUGUUUUUCAUGUCAGACCUCUCUAGUCUGAAUAUGGAAGUUUUUUCUGGUCAGUGACUGAGGUUGCAAGUGAAAGAGGGCUUUAGGCCUGAGCACUGCUGCUGUGGGCCCUUCCCACCUGCCAGUAAGAGCUGCUGAUGCCUGGUAACCAGCAAAGAUGGGGCCCUUCUGGGGCAGAAUAAUUUUUUCUAAUGUGCUGUUGCUUGAGAGGGCCCACAUGUCAAUGGUCAGCUUCUUUACUGUAUUUUCUGGAAAAAGUUCACUCAGACCUCCCUGAAUUGAGAUCAUCUCGGUCUAAGUUUAGAGGGAAAUUUGGCAAAACCUUCAUUUGAGGAAACUGAUGAGAGCAUGUCCGUCUCGCUGGUGGUACCAAGAAACUGAUUUCCUUGUAUUAAGUGCACUUCAUGUAUUUCUAAUAAGAUGACUUUCCAGAAAGUGAAAUUUGUUAUGUUCUGGCUUUUAAAAGGUGAAAUAUAAAUAAAUUUCAUAAUUUAUCCAGCUGA